UUUAUAUGCCUACAUGACCGCUACGUGAAAACCUUUUCGAUAGAUCGAUAACCGGAUCGAAUCUAUUUUUUCCCUCAUAACGAUCGAUCGAUGCCUCGUCCUGUCGAGACACUGGAUAUAGCUCUUCCCAUAGACCACCCGCUCAAACGGCCUGUGUCGAAUAGGAAUAAGCAGACCGCCCAACGAAUCUAUCAGCUUUGGAAUACCUGGCCCUGGCAUCUCUUCCCUACCAAUUCCCCUCACCUUCCUACCAUAUGGACCGAUAACUUACUCGACAAGCUGAAGACUAUCGCUCUCUGCACUACUCUUCCGCAUGCUCAACAACUACUGAACGCCAACGUUCCCGAUGGACAGCCCCUCUCACUUGCCGUUCUCAACGCAGUUAUUGACGAGUGCAAGGAAGGAUCUGAUACUCCAGAGAACCCCGCCAUGAGGAAUAGGAAGAGAAAGCAAAGACGUGCUGCUGCUGCCGAGAGGCAAAGGUUAGGCGAACACCAAACCGAGAGAGGGUCUAGCGAAGGUCUAGACGAUAACAACGAAGAAGAGGACGACCCGAGUGCAUACGAGCCUGAUAACGAACAGCAAGAAUUUCAAUCAGGCCGACAACCCCGUCCUCUCAUAUCACCUUCCCGCCGUCUCCGAGGACGCAGCCUCGCUACCAGGAAUAGCAUGGCCAACGAACCGGGAUCGCCAAUAACUAAACGCCAGAAACGUCGCCAUCACUCAUCUAUGCCACUCCAUUAUUCAUACGUAACACCCCCGGAAUCUACACCCACUUCCGGUUCCAACUCGGACCGCCAUGUCCCCCCUCGUUUUCGCUUCGGUGAAAACAUGUUACCCUCACCUUCUUCAAAUGGUGUAACCACAAAUAUCGAGUCGGUUAUGAUUCGGCUGGCUAGCGUCUUUCAGGAACAGCGGCAAAGCUGCGAGAAGGCGGUUGAGGAGACCAGAUCAGAACUAGGCGCGGUCAAAAGUCGGUUAGAAUCAUUAGAGGAGCAACUAGCUACUGUGAGGAGCGAAAUAACCGAGAUAGAACAACAAAAAUCUGAGAUGGAGAAUACAUACCAAGAUCUCCUCGCUAUCGAAAAAGAGGAAGAAGGAUUAGCUGCGCGGCGACGAGAGCUUCUGUCGCGUAGGACGUCAGGCUCGCGGGCACCAUCUGUAUUCUUGCAAGAUGAACCGUCCCCGAUGCUGCCACCACCAAGCCGUACUCGCGCAUCAGAUGAGCUUCGAACCGAUAUCAAUGCCCUGAUCGUCGACCAGCUCCAACCCCUACAACUGCGGCAAACAGCACUGAAAACCGAUAUCACCGGUGCCAAGACUGAUCUGGAAGCUGCGCGAGCUAAGAUCGAAGCUUCGCUCAUGGACCUAAGUGCCAAGUCAGACGAAAUGAUACGGUUCCGUGGAUUUACGAACGAUAUGCAAGAUGCACUCAUUCGACGCGGCUUCGCAGAGCCUACGUGGGAAUUGGGUCAGAAGAAUGUAGACGGGCGCGAACGUCCUAGCACCGCCUAUGGCCCCUUUUCCGCCUCUCAGCCUGUUCCCGCGUCUGCCGGAUUCGAUUCUCCCCCAGACCGCAAUCACGACCACGGGUUACGGUCUCUGCUUGUCGGACUGGAUUCCACAGACUCGAAUAACUUGGAGACUAGUCCUCUUCGCCCACAAUCCGCUUGAGACUCUUUUACGCCACGAAUGACAUUUACCACGAAUAUAUGAGCUACUAUUUAAUUUAUGAUCUAUGUAUUUUGGUUGAUAUAGCUUCUGUCUGCAGGAUUUGAAUUUUUAGAGUAUUUAACUUCUAGGGAUACAACAAGCGGUUCGGAUUUGAGGAAGGCAUCUCGGCGUAAAUUGUACAUAUACCCAUAUAGGUACUCGGUCUAGAUAUUACCAUUUGGAAUACUAUAGGGCAGUUAAUGUCACGAAGUAAUGAUCUGUCCGCUGAA